AUGCCCUCUGCCACACCCACCCUCCUCACCACCCCCGCGGGGCCAACCCUCGCCAAUCUCACCAUCGGCACGCUCCUCACCCCACACCCCGAUGCCGGCGGCAGCGUCCCACGCGUGCGCAACGCGCGCUGGCGCAUCCCGUCGGGCCUAUACACACCUCAGCAGAUCGUCGCCUCGUGCGCACCCUUGCUCGAAGCGGUGCUGCACCACCUGGGGCCCGACCCGGCCAACUCGGGCACGCCGGCGGCGCGGAAGCUGCUGAUCGACAACCUGGCGUCGAACCUCAAGACGGACACGCGCGAGUCGAGCCUGCAGCUGCCGCCGGCGCACACGCUCGACGCCAGCAAGCGCGAGAUGCACGCGCAGGCGCUGCGCGUCGGCGCGGCCGUCGUCGGCUGGGCGCGCGAGGUGGCCGACGACGAGGCCAAGAGGGCGCAGGUGCAGCUCGAGCCGAAGCUCGACAUCCGCUCCCCGUGCGAGGGCCACCUCCUGUUCCCCGUCGUCGCGCAGCUGAUGUUCGGCCCGCGCAGCAAGCGCCAUCUCAUGCAGCUGUACAACGAGUGGCUGCACCAGAUGGUGUUGCUGAGGGAUGCGUUGCUGCCGUGGGAGAAUUACGGUGAUGUGCUGAUUCGGAUUGAUGAGGGGGAGGGGCUGGGGAUGCGGUUUGUGGAGGAUGCGAGGGAGCGGUUCCUGACGGUGCUGUUGACCAAGGUGUUGACGCAGAAGGCGGUCGUCGGCUUCGCGCGGGCGGUGGCGGGCAUACCGGAGAAGAAGAGGGGGGAGAGUGUCGGGUAUGGGUGGCAAGACGCGAACGGCGUGGCUCUGCCGGCGUUUUUGGCUGGUGGUAGCAGCCUGCGUCUGCUGCACUAUUUUCCGGCACGCGUUGUAGGAGAGAAAGAAGUGGUGACGUUCGACUACGCCACCCAGGACUACUAUUCUGCGCCUCGCAUCGAGCCUUCUGAGGCCCCGGAGAAGACCGCAAAUAUCUCCACCAAUGGCUGGAGGGAUGCCGUUUCUGCAGUCUUCAGUGCCGCGCCUCGCAUCGCAGAGGCUUUCCUCGAGCCAACCGAAUCUUCCGCCAGCGGCACUGCUGCGCUCAGCCUCGUCCUCAGCUUCGACGAUGGCCGCACCGCUGCGGUUGACAUUGGCCAGAUUUCCCGCGGACGUCGCUACUCAUACCGCGCCAGCGACAGCGGCGCCGGGAAGCAGUCGUCCAAGACGGACUCGACAACCAGUGACGUUUUCAGCGGGGAGUCUCUCUCCGUUCAUGACGCCGUUGAGCUCCUCUCAAAGCAGCCUGCCGAUGGCCUCGUGUCUGCGGCGCAGGGCGGCUUGCACGUCGUUCCGGUCAGGGACCAACUCGUGGGUCUCGCUCUGCUGGGCAAGAUAUACCCCGAGAACACGGUGCUACUGGGCGAGGGCCAGAAGGCUAACGACGCCGAGGCCGCCGGAAAGAGCUUUGCCACUGAGGCGAAGUUUGUGAUUGUGGGCGAAGCGUGGAGUGCUAUUCCUGGCAGGAGAGGAGCUGGUGGGUCGGCGUGA